CCAGCAGCUACUCCCCGCGACCACAGAGCAUUGCGACUCUAUGCAUCAACAGGCUUGAUAAUUACACACCCACUUCACACCAUCACCCACAUCUCGGAUGCCCAUCCCCGACUGAAGACCCCCGGUACACAACUCAGGAGCGACUCGGACUGAUAUCAGCGGCUUUUUGCACCACUUAAAGACACAUUUCUGGAGCUUCGCGGUUUGUAAAAGAGGAGAGGGACACGGGAUCCACUGAUUUAAGUUUAUUUAGAGAAGGAGACUUUUUUUGCAAACGAUGGCCAACUCCGGUGUCCAGCUGUUGGGAUUUUUCCUGUCGUUAAUUGGCAUUGCUGGACUGAUCAUCGGGACUAUUCUGCCGCAGUGGAAGAUGUCAGCGUACAUCGGGGACAACAUCAUCACAGCGGUGGCCAUGUACCAAGGACUGUGGAUGUCAUGCGCUUUCCAGAGUACCGGACAGCUCCAGUGUAAAAUCUACGACUCAAUUCUGCAGCUCGACAGUUCACUUCAGGCCACUCGUGCCUUGAUGAUAGUUGGCAUCAUCGUGUCCGUUGCAGGUCUGGGUGUGGCCUGUAUGGGAAUGAAGUGCACCACCUGUGGAGGGAGCAACAAACUGCGCAAGUCCCGCAUCGCCAUGACAGGAGGCAUCAUCCUACUCGUGGGAGGGCUGUGUGCCAUCGUAGCGUGCUCCUGGUUUGCUCACAAUGUGAUCAGGGCUUUCUAUAAUCCCUACACUCCAGUCAACACCAAGUUCGAGUUUGGCGCUGCCAUCUUCAUCGCCUGGGGCGGCUCCCUGCUGGAUGUCCUGGGCGGAGCCAUGUUGGCUGCUUCCUGUCCACGAAAGAAACAAGUGUCCAAGUACCCGUCCAUGGCCAGUUCCCGCUCUGGUCCGCCAAGCAGCACUAAAGAAUAUGUCUGAGAGCGCUCCCUGCAGCUUGGGACUCCAACAGAAGCUGUCACAGAAGCCCCUCCACCCCUUUUUUCAGCACCAGCGAGGAGUAAAACUGAAGGUGUAUGGGAAGUUGUGAAUCAUAGAGGCAAAGAAUUACUGAAAUGGGACCUUCUUUUCUUUUUCUUCAGGCAGACCUUUGAUAACCCCGUCACUAUCAUGCAGCACUCUCAAUUGUUUCAUGAAUGAUGUCUCUCACCCCGUCUACACAUUCCACAAUUGUUUACAAGUGGUCUUCACAAAUACAUUAUAAUUGGAUCCCCUGACUUAAUAGACAAGCUCUUUGGGUGUAACCUCUUGAAUUGUAGCCUAAAGGGUGGAUUAUAGCCAAUAUUUGCACCUGCAUGUUAGAACCGGCAUCUGUUAGCGUUUGCCGUGUAAUUGAAAGUAAUCAAUUCCAGUUUGGUGUCUAGGCUGCGACUCAGGGGCUUUGUACAACAGAGACACAGGGUGACAAAACAGUGUUUUAUAUUAACUGUUGGUGGUUCUAAAAUAGACGUUACGACGAGCAGGGUGUGACUUCACACACAGGGCUCACUGUGUAGGAUGGCCGUAUCACACAGGCAUUUUACUACAACAGUCACUACAGGCCUCUUCGUACCAGACUGUUACAAACCCUGCUCAGAUAUGAAAUAUUUUAUUAUGUCGUCACUGUGCUGUUAUCACUCUAAUAGCUUCCAUAUCAGCCACUAUGAAAUUAAACUGCCUCUAUUUAUUUUGACAAAUUUUAGGAUGAAGUUUUUGGCUCCUGUGUAGGUUUAUAUGAUAGGUGUGGCCCAGUUCUAGCUUUCAGACAUUAUAAAGUCCUAUUUUUAUUAAGAUGUUUUUAUGCUCUGAACAGUGUCUGCUGUUAUUGUUUUUAAAUGUCAUAGUUUUAUACAUGUGGCUCAUUUAGCAGAUAAUGGUCUAAUGACAAAUGAGUGAAAGAACAUUUUUAACAUGUACAACAGUGCGUAAAUAAUAAAGAUAUUACAAAAGUG